UUUAAAGGGCGCGGGCGCUGGCAGUCGGCGGUGCACCGGAUUCCAGCUGUUUUCGCCUGCUCCUCGCCGUCUCCGCCGCUGCCCUCGUUCGCCAUGCUCUCCGUCCGCACCCCGCUCGCCACCAUCGCUGACCAGCAGCAGCUGCAGUUGUCGCCGCUGAAGCGACUCACCCUGGCUGACAAGGAGAACACGCCCCCGACUCUCAGCAGCACCCGCGUCCUGGCCAGCAAAGCUGCGAGGAGAAUCUUCCAGGACUCCGCCGAGCUGGAAAGUAAAGCGCCUACUAACCCCAGCGUUGAGGAUGAGCCGUUACUGAGAGAAAACCCCCGCCGCUUCGUUGUCUUUCCCAUCGAGUACCAUGAUAUCUGGCAGAUGUACAAGAAAGCCGAGGCCUCCUUUUGGACUGCCGAGGAGGUGGACCUUUCCAAGGAUAUUCAGCACUGGGAAGCUCUGAAACCCGAUGAGAGACAUUUUAUAUCUCACGUUCUGGCUUUCUUUGCAGCGAGUGAUGGCAUAGUCAAUGAGAACUUGGUGGAGCGAUUUAGCCAAGAAGUUCAAGUUACAGAGGCCCGCUGUUUCUAUGGCUUCCAAAUUGCCAUGGAAAACAUACACUCUGAAAUGUACAGUCUCCUUAUUGACACUUACAUUAAAGAUCCCAAGGAAAGAGAAUAUCUCUUCAAUGCUAUUGAAACAAUGCCUUGUGUGAAGAAGAAGGCUGACUGGGCCUUGCGCUGGAUUGGGGACAAAGAGGCUACGUAUGGAGAACGCGUUGUGGCCUUUGCCGCCGUAGAAGGAAUCUUCUUUUCCGGUUCUUUUGCAUCGAUAUUCUGGCUCAAGAAACGGGGGCUGAUGCCGGGCCUUACAUUUUCCAAUGAGCUUAUUAGCAGAGACGAGGGUUUACACUGUGACUUUGCCUGCCUGAUGUUCAAGCACCUGGUACACAAGCCAGCAGAGCAGAGGGUCCGAGAGAUAAUCACCAACGCCGUUAGGAUAGAGCAGGAGUUCCUCACGGAGGCCUUGCCCGUGAAGCUCAUCGGGAUGAACUGCACUUUGAUGAAGCAGUACAUUGAGUUUGUGGCCGACAGGCUUAUGCUGGAGCUGGGUUUUAACAAGAUUUUCAGAGUAGAAAAUCCGUUUGACUUCAUGGAAAAUAUCUCACUAGAAGGAAAGACAAACUUCUUUGAGAAGCGAGUAGGCGAGUAUCAGAGGAUGGGAGUCAUGUCGAAUUCGACAGAGAACUCUUUUACCUUGGAUGCUGACUUCUAAGUAACUGAUCGUGUGUUCUUCGCUGAUUUUUGUCCCCUUGCCAUUAAAAGAAACCAGCAAAAACAACCAACUGGCUACACCAUGAAUUGUCAUUAAAUUUGCUAAACAGGUGUCUAAAAAGCUGUGUAGCUACCUCAGUCCUGUUUGCCAGGCUGGUCACUAGAAGAAAGUAUACUUCAAACAAUGGGUACUUGGAUCCUUAGGGAGAUCCUGUCCUUGGCUUUUACAAGUAGUGUGGUCACCUUUGACCUCAUCAAAGUACUAACAGCACUGGGCCAGGUUUUAGGAGCAGUGACCAUCAAGCAAGCAGGUUUAAACAUUUAGAUGCUGUUUAGGGCUGUUUAAAGAUGUCGGACUGCUUCCUGCAGGCAUGCAGGGUCUACUUAACAAGUUUGUAAAUAAAAUUGGCACUUUGCACACACACACACAUAGUGCUGUCAGGCGAUUAAACUAUACAUUUUAUGAGGUAGUACCUCUAUGCUUUUUUUUUUUUUUUUUAAUGCUCAGUAUUAUCUUGAAGUUUGCAAAUGCUAUGAUGGUACAGUAAAUUCUGACAUUUGCCCUAAUAGUGUCACUUUUUUUUUUUCUUCGAGACAGAGUUUCUCUGUAUAGCCCUGGCUGUACGGAAUUCACAAGUGAGUUUGAGCCCAGUGGUGGGUACACCCGUGGGACUCUUACAAACCAAAACAGGAAAAGCAAGUGUUCCCUGAGGUAGUUUACUGUGAUCUAGCUUCCUCAUGAACUGACAUAACCCUGAUCAGUUUCCUUGAUUAUUGUAUAGAUGUUUUUGUAAUAUGAAAAGCCUUUGUACCUUUUAAAUUAUUGUUACUUAAAAUUAAUAAACUCUUGAAUUAACAGUCUUGAACUUUCAUGGCAUACAAGUAUUAAAUGAUUUAACUAAAACCUUAAUGUCA